GUUCAGGAUAGUGUUGUUCAUGCAUACAUAUUUCUGUAGAUGCACUAUGGCAGAGAGGGCCAACACAAUGUUUAUGGGUGUGUGUGUGUGUGUGUGUGUGUGUGUGUCUCUUUGGUAUCUCCAUCCUCGGCAUGUCCUCUGAGAGACACAAACACAAACAUACACACCCACACACAGAGACAGAUCAAAAAACGCAUUCAAGUGUAUAUCAGGGUGUAAAAUCUAGGAUGGCAUUCCCAUCCUCGUCACCAGAACCCUGCCCAGCGAUGCUCCACCCUCGCUGUUGAUCAAUAUAAUGAGCUGGAGCUGUCCUCACUGUACAUCGGUUCCCAAGAGAGACUACACCACUGUGACACUAGCUGUUGUGGGAUCCUCAACACAGAACCAAAGAUGUUCAGCAGUAGUUCAGGUGGCGAACAUCCCUCAGGGUUUGACCUGGACCUGAGUGAUGCCAUGGGAUGUCCCUCUGGCCAGGCCCGUGAGGGAGACCAGCGAGGUCCAGAGGGGGACCUCCAUCGCGAGCGCAAGCAUAGUGGUGAGCACGAUGACGACCGUCGACACGAGAGAAGACGCAGUGGCGAUCGUGAUCACCGUGAGCGCAGGGGCAGCGGUGACCGUGACGACCAUCGUCGUGAGCGCAGGGGCAGUGGUGACCGUGAUGACCAUCAUCGUGAGCGCAGGGGCAGCGGUGACCGUGACGACCAUCAUCGUGAGCGCAGGGGCAGCGGUGACCGUGACGACCAUCGUCGUGAGCGCAGGGGCAGUGGUGACCGUGAUGACCAUCAUCGUGAGCGCAGGGGCAGCGGUGACCGUGACGACCAUCAUCGUGAGCGCAGGGGCAGUGGUGACCGUGACGAACAUCGCCACCAUGAGCGCAGGGGCAGCCACGACGAUGACGAUUCCCGUGGCCGUAGGCACAGUGGUGACCGUGACGACCACCAGGAGCGCAGGCACAGCCCUGGCCACAGGCGUGACCACAGUGGCAGCCGCAGCGGGAGCGACAGCGAUGAGGGUCGCCAUGGGCAGGGCCGUCGUCACGGACACGGCCGCGGUCGUGGACAUGGUCGAGGGCGUGGACGCUGGUAAAGUCUCCGUACAAUCAGCUUUCAGGCUAUGAUGGUGUCAUGCAGUAACAGCCAUAACUUUUAUACAACAAACAAAUGAAUUAUUAAUAAAGUUGAUUAUUCUCUAAAA